UAAUCUAUCUCCUCUUUCCCUUCAAAUCAAAACCCUCACACCUCCAAUUUCAUCUGCAAAACCCUACUCCCAAUUUCUCUUCUGCUUCAAUCAAUUCCAUUUCUUCAAUCCUCCGACUAAUCGGUACUUAUUCCAAUUCAGUAAUCAUGUCUUUGAGGCCAAGCGCGAGGACCGAGGUCCGCAGGAAUAGAUACAAGGUUGCUGUUGAUGCUGAGGAAGGUCGUCGCAGGCGAGAAGACAACAUGGUGGAGAUCCGAAAGAAUCGUCGCGAGGAGAGCCUGCAGAAGAAGCGCCGUGAGGGACUCCAAGCGCAGCCGAUGCCUGCUUCGAUUCACUCCUCCGCUGUCGAGAAGAAGUUGGAGCAUCUCCCAUCAAUGGUUGCUGGUGUUUGGUCUGAUGAUAGUAAUUUGCAGCUUGAGGCAACAACACAAUUCAGGAAAUUGCUCUCCAUUGAGCGUAGCCCUCCAAUUGAGGAAGUAAUACAGGCUGGUGUUGUCCCCCGUUUUGUUGAGUUUCUUAUGAGGGAGGAUUUUCCUCAGCUUCAGUUUGAAGCAGCUUGGGCUCUCACAAAUAUUGCUUCUGGGACUUCUGAGAAUACAAGGGUGGUAAUUGAUCAUGGAGCUGUCCCCAUAUUUGUAAAGCUUCUUGGUUCUCCAAGUGAUGAUGUUCGUGAACAGGCUGUGUGGGCAUUGGGAAAUGUUGCUGGAGAUUCUCCUAAAUGUCGUGAUCUUGUUCUUGGCCAUGGAGCUUUGAUUCCUUUGCUUGCACAGUUGAAUGAGCAUGCUAAACUAUCUAUGCUAAGGAAUGCUACAUGGACGCUGUCUAACUUCUGCCGAGGCAAGCCACAGCCACCUUUUGACCAGGUUAAACCUGCCCUCCCUGCUCUUGCACGUUUAAUUCAUUCUAAUGAUGAGGAAGUCUUGACUGAUGCAUGUUGGGCACUCUCGUAUCUUUCUGAUGGUACCAAUGACAAAAUUCAAGCUGUUAUUGAAGCCGGAGUAUGCCCUCGGCUAGUUGAGCUUUUAUUACACCCAUCUCCUUCAGUUCUGAUUCCUGCACUCCGCACUGUUGGGAACAUUGUCACUGGUGAUGAUAUGCAGACCCAGUGUAUCAUCAAUCAUCAAGCACUGCCUUGCCUUCUGAAUUUGUUGACAAAUAACUAUAAGAAGAGUAUCAAGAAGGAAGCUUGUUGGACAAUUUCUAACAUAACUGCCGGAAACAAAGAGCAGAUUCAGGCUGUAAUUGAGGCUAAUAUCAUUGGCCCAUUAGUUCAUCUACUUCAAAAUGCUGAGUUUGACAUUAAGAAGGAGGCUGCAUGGGCAAUCUCAAAUGCUACUUCCGGUGGUUCUCAUGAACAAAUCAAGUACCUUGUUAGCCAAGGUUGCAUUAAGCCCUUAUGUGACCUUCUCAUAUGCCCUGAUCCAAGGAUAGUUACAGUGUGUCUAGAAGGUCUUGAAAACAUCUUGAAGGUAGGAGAAGCUGACAAGAAUUUAGGCAACACUGGAGGGGUAAAUCAAUAUGCACAAAUGAUUGAUGAUGCUGAAGGGUUGGAGAAAAUUGAAAAUCUACAGUCUCAUGACAACACAGAGAUUUAUGAGAAGGCUGUGAAGAUGCUUGAGACAUAUUGGCUGGAGGAGGAGGAUGAGACAAUGCCUCCAGGAGAUGCUUCCCAAUCUGGGUUCCAAUUUGGUGGGGGUGAAAUGCCUGCUGUUCCAUCUGGUGGAUUUAAUUUCAGCUAGACAUAAUGAGCAUACGACAGUUCCAACAACCCACGAACAUAACAGCCAGCACCAAGCAUGAGGCCACGCAUCUUAAGUAUAUAUGAGGUCCGGCGGCCUAGCCCAAUCCCAAGCCUAAACAGAAUUAAUGGCUAAGCUGAAGGGAAGCAAAAACUACAUGCAGCUUUAUCGGUCUUUACGACACAACGAUAGUGCCUUCUGCCAAGAAGAGAAAUCAAAGGAUUCGGGAGCUCAAGCUAGCAUUCGUCAUAAUCACCCGCUGCAGCCCUUCCAAACUAGCAAUUGGAGCUUCGACGAGCCCCUAAGGUGAGCGGGCAGAGCUAGCAUCACAUUCUCGUUUUCGAACAUCAACGUAUAGGACCGGCUCUAUGCCUUCAGAGUUGUCUACUAUCUCCGAAUCUACCUAGACGAUGAUAAUCUCAUAGGUCUUUAGAUAUUUCCUUCUGCAAAACCUAUUUACACUGACUGGACAGUGUGUUAGAUUGGAGAAUAAAUUAAAUUAGUUUAUAAGGCGAGAAAAUUAAUUAGGACAAUAUAGUAAUUAUUUAGUAGUUGAACCAACUUAUAAAUUUAGUGUUUAUAAGAAUGAAAAUGAAAAAAAUGGUUUCUCCAA